AUGCACCCGUCGUCGAUCAUCGCUCUCCUCCUCAUUCUCGGCGGUUAGUCCACGUCAUUCCUUUCCCUCACGAGACAGUAGUAUUCAGCAGUCGUCGCUCACCCGCAUAUUGACCCAAUCCGUUCGAAACGCGACACGUCCCCGAUCGACAACUCCGAUGCGCUUCUCAACGAAACCAGUGGAGAAGAGUCCGGAGACGGUUCGAGCGAAGGAUCCGGAGAAGGAUCGGGUCAAGGAUCCGGAGAAGGAUCGGGAGAAGGAUCGGGAGAAGGAUCGGGCAUUGAAGUGCCGGUCGAUUCGCUCACUCUUCAGCAACUCGAGACUCUCAACACGUACGCGCAACAAGUUCAAGCCGAGUCGCAGAAGCUGAUCCAUCAGGCCAACUUUGUCAUCACUGAGGUAUCACUCUGACUAUGAGGACCAGGAUAGAGAAAAUGCAAAUUUGUCUUACAGAUGACUGGCCUCGCUUCGAACGCCCAGAACCUCGGAAUCCUCUCAAAUGUUGUUCUCGCCAACUCGCAAAUCGUUCUUGACAGCGCCCGUGUUUCCCUCAACGGGUCGGAAAGCCAGACAACGGCCCCAGCCACAUGUGUCGCCUCGUCUGUCUGCUACGGUGAUUCGGGAUGUGGAAGCGGAAAGUGCAUUGGAGCCCUUGCUGGAACUUGCAACUGCAACUCGUGUGUCUACGGAUGGCCGUGAGUAUUCAGACGCGCAAAAAACAUCUCAGAUUGACUCUGUUUCUAGGUGUCAGGAGGACAGCGCUUGCGGAGGAUUCGUCGGCGCCUGCAACAGUUUGACGGCCACUUGCGACUGCUUCGCUGCCUACACCCAGCACAACUUCACCCUCACCGAAGCGCUCACUUCUUUCUGCAACGUGGCCAAGUGCAACGGCGCCGAGGACAAUGUCGAGAAGUGCUUCGGACUUCCGUGCAACUACGGCUUCUGCGUCUGCUAA